CGACUGCGACUAUUUGUGGCGGAUCGAGAAGAUUUUGACUACAAUCCACUACUGCAAAUCAGUGAGAAAGAGAGUACACAGAAAGAAACAACCGGAGAAAGAUAGAUCCAAGGUUUGAAACAACAAUAACAGCAGCAACGAAAAAGAACUGCUACAGAGAAAGAGAACGAAAACAGUGAGAGAAAAAUAGACCGAGCUGUACUCGAACAAAAAAAAUACUUAUACGCCGCGUAAACACACAAUGGUUGGUAAUCUUUUAUAAAUCCAUCAAUUAGUCAGGGUAAUCAAAAGAAGACUACAGAUUCGGACAAAACUAAACCCGACAACGGCAGUUUUUCCCGUGGUCGUACCCGCAGUGGAUUGUUUAUUUUAAACUGAAGCCGGUUAAAGAGCAGCUUCAAGACGUCUUGCAAACGAAUUAAAAUGGAAAAGACUCCCCGUUAUACGCAGCGGGAGCGUAACAUGGUGCUGGGCUAUGCGGCACAAUAUAAAGAUGUGAUCGAAAAUAAGCGAACAGACGCCGAAUCAAAUCGCAAAAAAGACGAAGUGUGGCUACAAAUAGCGAAGGAGUUCAAUUUACGUGUCUAUCAUCAGCGGAGCUCUAAGCAAUUGCGUCAAUUAUACAAGAAUAUGAAACUCUUGCUCAAAAAGGAUCUAUGCGGCGAAGAAAAAGGCAAUCGUUCAUUUAUGGAUGUGCUAAAUACGUUGUCGCAACAAGAAUCGGUAGCACAGUAUAUAGCCGAUCAAAUGUCUCCGGAUGGUGCUACAAGCCAGGCGGGCACAAUAGGUAUAAAUGGUCCAAACAAUGCCGAUGACUAUGAGGACACAAAGGUACCUUUAUACGAUGGCUUGGACACGGACGUUAUAAUGAUUAAAUCGGAAACAAUUAGCGAUAAUGAGCAAACAGUGAACGGUAUGGAUUGUUUGGAUGAUGAUGACGAUGAUGAUUGCUUAAGUCCCAAAGCCCCGGAAGUAUGUCUGGAAGAAGAGGAGGAUGAGGUGCUGUUUGCCACAGAUUUGCGUCAAUUACAACAGCAGCAGCAUGCAACUAAUUCAUCGUCAUCAUCAUCAUCCCUACCAGUUGGUGGAAAUCAUGCAAAUCAAGUGGAACCAAUGCCACAAGCUGCAAGUUCGCCGGUCUUAUCCACAAAAACUACAAGCUCUUCUACUGGCAGCUAUAGUAUUUCAGCGAAUCCCAAUAUAACCAUACAGAAUGUGGGCCAAAUACGAGUAGGUUCGUUUGCUAAUAUUAAUAAAACCCUACAAAACGGUGGAACAACGAACACAACUUCUGCCACAACAGUAUCAUCGCCAACUACCGCAUCAAACACAAACGCCAAUCCCAACAGCAUUCUACCUCUCACCGCGGAACAGGUGCAGCAACAUUUGUUAUUGAAUGGAUUGGGAUUAUCGGCUGUAAAUCCACCGCCAUCUCAUUCACUACAGGCUGCCAUCAAUUCGGCUACCCGAAACACUUCAGCCACUUUACAAUUACCGCGUCUUCAACGCGGCAAUGGACAUAACUCAACGAAUCCUAGCAACGGAGCAAAUGUUACGACGACUGGAUCGACUAACGGACUUCAAUUAUUAAUCAAUAAUGGCCAUCAUCAGACUCGCGAUAAAACAAAUCCUCCAUUGCCGAGUGGAGUAGCGAUUGGAGCUGCUGGUAGUUUCAAUGGCUACAAUGGUCUAGCUGUGACUGUGCCAAGCUCCAGCAGUGGCAGCAGCAGUGCAAACAGUAGCGGUCUAAGCAUAACAGGUGAAAAUGUGGUCCCUGCCAAUAGCCUUAGUAGUGCUGCUAAUCCGCGCGCCCAGCAUCAGGAGUACAUAAUGUCACUGGCCAUUGAGGAACGUAAACGUAAAAUUGAUUUGCUUAAUGCUCAAAUUGAAUAUUGGCAGACAUUGACUAAAAAGUUGGACUCCCAGACGUCUGCGGGCCAUUUGCCAAAUCCCGCCUGUCUGUGUCAUUUGCCAAGCAGUGUGUUGAUGGGUAACACCGCAGCUGCAGGUGCCAUGCAGUCACAAACGAGUGGAAGCUAGUCCAAAGCAUUCGAGGGCGGCGAUAAAAGAAAAUUAGGUGAUCCCCGCUCACAAAGCACAGAAUCAGAUAUAGAGGAAGACGAAAUACUAGAGGAGUACGAAGAAGCCGAAAUUAACAGUUCCACCAGUGACAUACUAUCAAUAGUGGAUAUUGAUGAUGAAAUUAUUGAUCAAAGUGAUGAAGAGGACGAUCAAAAAAAUACGGACUUAAUAUUAAACAAGGAUGAGUCACGCGAUGCCUUAGUCAGUGCUGUGGGCGUGUUGGAUGGUUUGCCACCGUUACAUUCGCCAUCACCAACACAGUGCCCCUCGCUACGACCAAAGCGCUCCAAGCGCCAAAUAGCCAUAUUGCCAGCGGAAGCUGCCUCAGCCUUCCUGGUGCAUCUGCAGGCAGCAGGCAAGCUGGCAUUACCUAGUACCCCUAGAACCCCGAAAUAACGGUUAACAACUGUCGCCCUGUGUAAUAAUUAAGAAUAGUCUAAUAUUUUUCUAGCAUGUAUGAUUUUGAUUUAUACAUACAUAUAUUAUAUAUGUAUCUAAGUGUA